AUGGUCCUGUUGUUAAGAUCCACUGUCAAGAAAGACAGACCAAAAUUGUUAGGAUGGCAUGAGGCAACUUUCCCAGUUUUGGCAACACCCUUGUAUGCUCACACUUGUCCAAUGAAUCGUCAUGGGUCUGAUAGCGACAGUGAGGCGUCAGAAGAUCAUCUGAACCUCAAGGGUCAGCUCAGUCGCAAAAGGAACAAGUCCGUUUCAACAGGAGCAUACAGGGAUAUCUCCAGAGGCAAAUGCAAUGUAGAAGGACGAGGUAAGAUUAAAGUUGCUAUCAAAUGUCUUCGGUUUUACCUGGAGGAUGAUAUCAAACUGUUGUUUGAGAAGGAGGUUUAUGUCUGGUCAAAGUUGAAACACAACAACAUUCUUCCUCUCCUUGGAUAUGAUUUCAACAAGGCAACAGGGUAUCCAUUGUUAGUGUCAGAGUGGAUGGAUAACAGAUCGGCUUGGGCAUACGUCAGAUUGCAUCCAGAGGCAAACGUGAUGCAUCUGGUCUCAGGGAUUGCACAAGGGCUCGCAUACCUUCACGAAAAAGACGUGGUCCAUUCUGAUAUUAAAUCAGACAACAUUCUCGUCUCGGACAGCAGUGAAGCUCUCAUAUGCGAUUUUGGGUGUUCCCGUAUGCUCGUUGCAAGUCGUACUUUCGUCAACCCCACCUCAGGCCUGAGAGGGACCUCCAGCUACCUUGCAUAUGAGCUUGUAGCAGAACAACAUUCUUCGGGCCAUACAAAGCAGACUGAUGUCUGGGCGUUCAGAAUGACUGUAUUUGAGCUGUUGACUCGAAAACGACCCUUUGAAGGCUUGUCGGACGUUCAGGCAAUAGUGGCAUUGCAAAACUAUAAUUUGCCUGCCUUUCCAGAAGUCUUAGCAACGAAAGUUUCUGCUAAGGAGUCAGAGAUACUGAAAACUAUCUGCUGGUCCUCCUGGAAGCAAAGACCCUCAGAACGCCCUUCAAUGACUGAUGCAUCAGAAUUGUGUUGGCCAGAAUACGUGUACAAAUCACCCGCCUUAUACGUGUCAUCUGCAGAAAGCAACACAGAGAAUCUAGACUCAGUCAUAUCGGGGGAUCGACGCUCCAAACAGAGCCCGACCUUCAACGUCACAAACGUCACACUACCAGGUGCUAGUUCACAGCGCAUCUCACUUGAUUUACUGAAAGCUGUGGGCGGACUUCCGGACUAUGCCUACUCGUCCAGGGCCUCAUUCACUACGGGAUCGCCAGCACGUCCCUUCACUCUGCCUGAUAGCAUCUGCCCGCCUGCGCUUACGCACUUGAGCAAUGCACGUCCCUUCACUCUGCCUGAGAGCGUCUGCUCGCCUGUGCUUACGGACCUCAGCAAUGGCAAGCUUUCUUCGGAUAGCAUGCCCUCUUCCAAUGCUGCAUCUACGCGCAGAGCUCUCUCAAAUUCAGCCGACAGUGCAAGUUCGCCUGGCUACGUGCAUGGUGAGUUUCCGGGACCAGUGGCCAGCACUGUUUCAACCCAAUUGUUGCUCGGCCCGCCCGCCCAGAGCGUAGGCGCCGCACUAGCAACGAUGAUUACGCGAGCGAUGAAGACGAACAGUUCCGCAAUUUCUCCCGACCGUUCGCCGAAGCGCGCACAGGAUGAGCAAAAGCCAAGAAACCUCCUCGUCUGCAACACCUGCGGAGAAGGUGUUCCCUCCCGCGACCCUCAGUCGGGAGGCCUCACUCUCAGGCUCUGGCACAUGCACCAGGAUCAAUGCCGCCUGCAACACGACCCGCGUCCAAUUGCUCUCACGCCCGACACGACUAUGGAGCUUAAGGCGAAUCCGCCUCGCAAGAAGCGUCCGCCUCUGAGGAAGCGUCGUGCAAAGCGCGCAGAAGAGGAGCGCAUUGAAUAUCUGCGUUCGGAUCCUUAUGUGGUUCAGUUCGAGCCUUAUCGUGUCCUUUGUGGUUCAUGCAACAAAUGGGUUCGCCUCCAACCCUAUAGAACUUACUGCUCAAAGCCGUGGGAUGCUCACCGCAAAAGCUGUAUUUCCAAGAAAGCUGCUCUACCUUUUGAUCACCGAUCUCCCGACACAGGAAUCGCACCGCCUGGACGAUCAACAAUGAAUUUGGUAGAACCGUCGUAUAAUACCAAGUCUCAUGCAUCUGCACCUUCCCAUGGCUCGCUCCCUGCACCAGAAGCCUUCGCACGUAUUGCAAAUGGGUUCAGCUACGCCAGGACGGUUCGUUCUGUGCUUAUCAAUGGCAUCGACGCCGCAGCAAGUGCUUGGCACGGUACCAACGUCGACAGGAGAAGGUUCCCGGCUACUCGCCCCAUGGGCCGUAUGACUCGCGUUCUGGCGGUUAUGUUAGUCAUGGUGCAUCCCGCUACAACGGCGACCUGGACGCAGAUGGCUCAUUUGAUGACCGCCUUGAAUCCGAAGACAGACCUUAUUCUCGUAGGAAAAGAUAUGAAAACAUUGAAAGGGCAUCAGGUCAUUCAUACGCGACGCCCCCUCCCCCUCCGUCUGGGAAAUAUAAGCUGUCGGCACAACCAGCAGCAAUGGCUAGUCACUACAAGUACAACGCACCGUCGUAUGCUUUACCGGGAGGCCCCAUCUGUGGACGACAUACGUGACGCGUCAAUGGACGAAGACGCCGGUGGUGAGCACGAUCUGGACGUAGAAAUGGACGAGGAGCCUGGGCGAGACCGGAGACGCCAGUAUGAAUAUGUCCGCCGACGGCCACACGAUAAUCAUUACGGCCGUAGUUCACAUCAGAAUCACCAGCGAGCUGAGGAUACGACAGCAAAAGCUGACCUUCGCUCAGCACGUUUGGCGUUUAUCUCGACAUAGAUGGACUAAGUAUCGGUACUCUGAUAAGCUACCUAAAUGCGGCGGUACCGGCCAACAAACACGACGACUUUGAUGAACCGGAAAUGACACGCGGCGUGGCAGCACUUGCGAAGACUGGUGUGCUCGUCCAGGAAGGCGACAGACUGCGUCCAUCAACUAACUUAGAAAUUGACUUUUGUAAGUAAGCUUUUGGCAUGCUGCACGAAGAGAUGGCAUAAACGCUCAGCAUACUCGGUGAACUCUCUUCCUUCUUACCCGUUUAUAUACUCUCUUUCCUCUCUCCUUUUGUUCUUCCAUCUUGGGCUUUGGAGUUAACUUGGUCAAACACUCACCAUCCCAGCUCAUCUAUGUUUCUAUCUUAUAAGACCUCCAUGGUUCAUUUUCUAUCUUGAAAUACACAGGCCAUGCACCUGCUUUCUGCCUGUCUAGAUGCUUGCCUCAAUUCAUUUCUCACAUUGUACAGUUUACAUUUUAUUUCUGCAUCUGGACCUAAUAUUAC